UACCCUUCAUCUAUUUUCGUAUGGGUAUAACUCUUUUAUUUGUCCCCACAGAUGAAGCUUAUCAUUCUGGAUUGAAGGUUAUGAACUGAUUUAGCAUGGGUGCAUCCUUGUCUCGGCUUGUAAAGAGGCUUCCUGCAAAACGCGAUACAAAAAUACUAAUGGUGGGUCUUGAUGCAUCUGGGAAGACAACCAUUCUGUACAAGCUGAAGCGCGGAGAGUUUUUCACAACAGUACCCACAAUUGGAUUUAAUGUGGAAGCUGUAGAGUACAAGAACAUCAGCUUCAACGUGUGGGAUUUAGGAGGACAAGAUAAGAUUCGACCUUUGUGGAGACAUUACAUUCAGAAUAUACAAGGACUCAUCUUUGUGGUGGACAGCAACGACAGGGGAAGAAUUCCAGAAGCUCGAAAUGAGCUGCAUCGGAUUCUGAGUGAGGAUGAACUAGGUAAUGCAGCUCUGCUUGUUUUUGCCAAUAAGCAAGACCUUCCACAUGCUCUGCAUGUUUCUGAGGUAGCUGAUAAACUAUCCCUACACUCCGUUCGUCAGCGUCAGUGGUACAUCCAAGGUACUUCGGCUACGACUGGCCAAGGACUCCAUGAGGGUCUUGAUUGGCUAUCAAGCAAUACUCACAGGACGACAAACAUGAAAUAACAAUGGCUCUUCAACUGCUAGAGAGAAAGAGAGAGGAGAGGGGGGAGGAGGGAGUGAGUUUCAUGGUUUACAUCUCAUGAUUGAUGGAUUUGGUAUCAGCACAAAAAUAUGAAAGGAGAAUGCAGCGUUUACCAUUUAAUUGUUUGAUUUGGUAACACUACUAGAUAACCAGCGUUCUCCUCUACUGAACACAACAGAAUGAUUGUAAACAUAGCACCAACAUUGAAGCCAAAAAAAUCUUACACAUGAUGCGAAGAAAUGAGA